AACACUACCACGUACAACCAGCUGUGGAGUUCGAGUACGUGGUGGACCGCAUCUUCGAGCACGCGCGCAACGUGACCAUCAGACUCCACAACGCCGCCGCCAAGUACGUCAAGCUGCAACUCUACUUCGCCCUCAGGUGGAUCCUCAUCUCCGAGGUCACGUUUGACUCAGUUCCGUGCACCUGUAACCUGACGGAUGAAGAGAUGGUGUUGACGACGGAGGAGACGGUGAAGAAGAAGUCCUUGAUGGAGGUACAGGAUCAGCCCCCAGUGGUGCCAGCACAACCCUCCUCCUCAGGGUUCUUGGUUGGAGGUCUAGCCACCUUAGGCGUGGUUUUUGGCGUGGUUCCCGUAGCUCUCUGUGUCUUAUAUUACCGCCUUAAGUUCUCAAAGAAAACUAAGACGCUCUCCUCCACCAUCAACAGCGUCGAUGCCAAGAAAGUGUCAAUGAAAAUGAAGGAUUUUCACAUCAAUAUGAAUCUUACGCCGACUUCCAAUGGUUACUCACGGGCGAAGGGGGAACUGUAUGGUCACGUGACCAUGGAAGAGGAGGCGGCCGCCAUGUACCAGGAACCUUACAAGGGUCCGCUGCACAACCCUGGGUACUACACCUGGCCACACUGUCACGCCCUCAGAGACUCUCAAAUGUCCCCUGCCCCUUGAUACCGACGACUCAGUGGACUACGCAGUUCCUGAUGUCAACAUGACUCCACCGCCGCCAUUCUCCGAUGUGUACUCCCCGCCUCCUCCCGUCCCCUUGACGAGGCCGCCGUCUACGCUGCCAACAGUCAGGGGCCGUAAGGACUCACCUCUGCCGCCACCUGUGCCACCCAUCCCUCCGCCCCCCGAACAGCAGUACUAUGCCGCCCCACAGUUAUGCUAUGCUACCAACAUCCAGGGCGUCACUGGCUCCGUCAUAUAUGCUGUGGCCGAUGGGACCAAUGUUUUUAAAGAACGCCCAGUUCCUGAAGUGACUCGGCAGCGCAUACGCAGCUUGGAGACUCUUGGCGAGGGAAAAUUCGGCAUGGUUCAGCUGUGUGAGAUUGAGGACCCCAAGGGAUCACAGAUGGUGGCAAUGAAAAGCAUCAGGGCAGGUGCCAGCGAGACUACCAAAAAAGAUUUCCGCCAGGAAGCUCGAAUCUUAAGUCGUCUUGAUGAUCCAAAUAUCGUUCAGCUGGUCGGGAUGGUGACACGGUCGGAGCCUCUGUGUAUGUUACUGGAGUACAUGAGUUGUGGCGACCUCUACCAGUUCCUCAGGAAGCACCAGGGUGAUGGGACCAUCGUGCCUGCUAACUUCACGGAUCCGGAGGAAGACGCGGACCUCCCAGUUCUUAGCUAUGGGGCUCUUAUUUAUAUAGCAUCCCAAGUGGCCUCUGGAAUGAAGCAUUUGGAGGCCCUCAAUGUGGUCCAUCGGGAUUUGGCGACUCGAAACUGUCUGGUGGGGAGUGAAUUAACUAUUAAAAUAUCGGACUUUGGCAUGAGUCGAUCUUUAUAUUCCAGCGACUACUACCGGCUGAGUGAAGGUCGGGCUCUCCUGCCCAUCAGGUGGAUGGCGUGGGAGUCUAUCCUUCAGGGUCGGUUUUCCACCAAGAGUGACGUGUGGGCGUUCGGCGUGACGCUGUGGGAGAUCCUAACGAUGGCCCGCCAGCAGCCCUACGACGAGCUGAGUGAUGACGGCGUUCUGGAGAACGUGUCUCACUGUUACCAUGGUGAUGGCUCCGGUAUGAUGGUGUUGCCUCAUCCGCCGCUCUGUCCUCGCGAGAUGUACGACAUGAUGACUGCCUGCUGGAGACCCAACGACCGCCAGCGACCUCCCUUCUGGGAGAUCCACCUGUUCCUGCAGCGUAAAAACUUGGGUUAUACCCUCUACUAUAUAGAGUGAGUUGUAACACAGCCUUCCGUGCACGAGGUCUUCAUUAUCCAUUCAGUUAUUCGGAGUGAGGUACUCAGGAGGUACUCGUGUUGGACUACUCUCUUGAGGACUUAGUGUGAGGUGUCUUGCGCUAUCUUCAUAGACCUUUCUGUUUCUGCAGCACACACUCUGGGUUACAAAGUCUAUUGCAUAAGUAAAACAACCUGUACCAGUCUGGUUACUCCUGUUAGGCUUCCUUACUUCGAAUUUAUUCUCAGUGGUUUUCAGUGCCUCAAAUGUGAAGACCUGUUGUACGUAUUUCAUAAAAGUGAGCAAUUGAAAAUUGCCAUCAUGGCCCUCCAGCCAAUUUGAACAAUAUUAAUUACAAAAUCUUUGCCGACCGUCAAAGGAUGUUUUACAAGAAUCUCAAACCUAACUUACUGUAUGUAAUCACUAUAUGGUGCUGGUCUACCUGUCUUGGGUAGUCUGUGUUCUUCCAAUCAAGACGAAUGUCAUUGCCAAACUCUGUCUUACCAGCCGAGGAAAAGUCAUGGCCAAAGCACUCAAAGAAACGAUUAUGAACACUUCUUGUUAACGACUACACCAAUGUCAUGUUGCUGACCUCUGAACACGGUGCACUCUUGCAAUCAACAAGAAUGCCGUAACUUUACCAGAUAAUCCUUGCUGGAAAAGGUGUUUCUGAAUGGCGUUUUAGCUCUUCAUGUUUAUUGCCCACUUUAUGGGUUAACAGGUGGUGUCAGCCCCAGCACCAUGGAAGGAUGUCGUUAUAUUAGGGAGUGUUGAAAACCUUCUGCCAGUGACUAUCAGAUCCAAUAUUUAAGAAUUUUGAGCUUUAAAAUAUUUGCAAAGACCUCAGUGAAAAAGAUGGACCACAUUUUGGACAUUUCACCACAACAGGGCCACCACGGUCAUAGUGGACAGCCCCCAUUAUACGGAGUUCGAGAACCAAGGUCGAUCCUCGGUACGAGAAACGACUGUGUUCUUGUGUUAAAUGUUGCAUAAUGCAUUUCACGUAUCCAGGGGUUCGUUAUAUUGUUAUAAAAAUGUUUACCAUGAAUGUUUACUUACAACUCCUUUAACAUUGCAAAAAACAUUACACUUGAAUUUAUUUUGAUAUUUGUAGUUGUGUGGUAGUCGUUGCUUUCAUCCCUGUGGGAUUCUUAAAUAGCAAACUCUCAAUUCAGUAGUUAAUGGUGUGUGUUUAUUAUGUGAAUAAAAUUUCAGCACAAAUCAAAUUGUCUCAAAACAUGUGACGUCAUAAGAGGAACAAUGCUUAAAGAAACUUAUUCGUAAGUUUGUUAAUAACAAAAACAUCUAUUUUCUGUCACACGAUGUUCAACCAUAUCGUGGUUCACAAGACCAUAUAAAAAGUGCUUCCGUGUGACGUCAUUAGAGGAAUGAUAAAGACAAGAUAACUCAUUCUAACAAGUACUAUAAGAGCUAAAGUGUCUGUUUUAUCAUGUGAUUUACAACCAUAUCGUUUUAUAAAGUCACACAGUAAGUGCUUCCACGAGUCUCUUAUUUUUCAUUAUACUUUUUUAUUACCGUAUAUAUAUAUAUAUAUAUAUAUAUAUAUAUAUAUAUAUAUAUAUAUAUAUAUAUAUAUAUAUAUAUAUAUAUAUAUAUAUAUAUAUAUAUAUAUAUAUAUAUAUAUAUGUAUACUUUACUUGCAUUCUCAGCCACUAGAGUUGUGUUGUGGUUUGCUUAGGCUGUUGCAAUUCAAUUAAUUAACCUUCGUCUGUUGGCGAGGUCCUGUGAUUUGUCUGUGAUAUAUAUAUAUUAGUCAGGAUUGGUUUUCAGUGAACGAAGACCAAUAAAAAGCUAUUUCUUGCAUUAUUAUUUCUAUUGUUUUUUUUUUGUUCGAGAUUAUUUGAUCUUGAGUCAACUUGGCUGAUGGUGGAAUAUGGACCCAGAUUUACACUCAAGAUUCAAAGUGGUGAGAAGUUUUUCAUUUCUUUUCAUUUAAGUGUCAUUGUGUUAGCCACUCUGAGAAUGAAGAACAUUGAGUUAAUUAACAUUUCUCACGUAUAUCAUGCAAUACAAAUAACUGUAACUUGUGUCUAUAAUGUUAAUAUAUGUGUAUUGUAAAGAG